AUGGUUUCAUUUUCUGAAUCUGUAUUCAAUGCAACGCCAAAUAAUGGUAGCUGGAAUGAGUAUAAAUUUUCUCCAAAUCAAAGAAUUGUUUACGGCAAAGAAAUUUAUAAACAUGAAGGAACAAUUCACGAAGCUGAAAACUUAUUGAAGGCUGAUUCUAAGGAAACUUCAAUCCUAUACCAGGAUAGCUUGGUAACUAUUGAUUUUGGCUUUAACAUUUGUGGUUUAGUCAGUAUUGAGUUUGGUGACUCUACCAGCGAUCAGGAAUUGAAUUUGUCAUAUUCAGAAUCAAAACUAUUUAUUAACAAGUAUACGAGUGAUAGAAGUAUGGAUUUUUUCAUUGAAGAUGGAGUUCAUUGUAUUUUGGCUAGAAAGGGUGUGUUUAAAACACCUUGGGUUAAACAGAGAGGUGCUUUUAGAUAUUUGACUAUAUGGACUGAAAAGGCAGGAUCCAUUGAAAUAAAAAACAUUAAUACAUAUAUGACAUGUAUGCCAAGUUUAAAAGAUGAUUUAUCUAACUACAGCGGAUACUUUUAUUCCAAUGAUGAUUUUGUCAAUACUAUUUGGUAUGCCGGAGCAUAUACUAUUCAAUUAUCUACCAUGCCCUCAAACUCAGGCCGUAGACAUGAUGCGGUUAUGAGCAAUAAGAGCUGGUUUAACGAUGCUGUUGCUUCUUUUGGAGAAGAGUUUUUGGCCGAUGGCGCAAGGAGAGACAGAAGCAUUUGGUCCGGUGAUCGUUCUAUUUCAAUCUUGACUGAAUUCAUCACUUUCAACUCAGAUUCAACUAUCAGUGGCUCUGAAUGGAUGCUCAAGGAACAAUUAAAGAACGGCCAGUAUCCAUAUGCAUGUAGUCCAAUUUCCACGUACGGAUCAGACCUGUAUCAUUUAUGGACCUUGGUUUCAUUGUAUCAGAACCACAAGCUAUCUGGAUGUUCGCUUGAAUGGGUCAAGAAAUAUUGGCCCAAUUGGAAAAAGGCCGUUGAUUUUUCCUUGCAAAAAGUCGAUGAUACUGGUACUUUAUGUGUAAGUGAGCCAUUAGACUGGGGAAGAAACCCGUUAAAGGGACACGUCUUAAGUGUAAAUUGUAUUCUUUAUUAUGUAUUGAUGAAGGGUUCCGAAUUAGCUAUAUCUCUAAAUGAUAUUGAAACUCAAAUCCAAUAUACUGAUAGAGCUAAUUCAUUGAAAAAAUCAAUUAAUGAAUAUUUGUGGGACGAAAAUGAAGGACUAUUUCACGACUACGAGGGAUCUGAGAUUCAUUCUCAAGACGGUAACACAAUUGCUAUUUGGUUUGACGUUGCAAGUAAUGAAAAGAAAAAGUUAAUAUCCGAUAAUUUGACCAAAAGAUGGACGAGAUAUGGAGCCGUUGCACCAGAAUCUCCGGGUAUGAUAUCACCUUUUAUUUCGUCAAUUGAACUAUUUGCCCAUACUUUAGUGGGUCAUGCUGAAAGAUCUUUUGAGUUGUUCAAGACUAUGUGGGGAUAUAUUUGGAAUUCUCCAUACAGCGUGCAAUCAUCCUUAAUUGAAGGGUACUAUCAUGAUGGUUCUUGCAAGUAUCCCUUUACCUUAUAUGACCCGUCUUAUAUCUCCCACUGCCAUCCAUGGGCGUCAGGACCGACCAUCUUCUACUCAUUCUAUCAUGUGGGUUUGCAAUUUGUCACUCCCGACCACUUGCAGUGGGAGUUUAUUCCUAGAGGUAUAUUUUCGGAAGGAAGUUUAGAGUUUGCGCAAACUGGUUACACUUCUAAGUCUGUGGGCUUCAUAUCUGCUGGCUGGAAAAAAUUAACUUCCAAUGUCUUGGAAUUGGCUAUUUUGGCACCAAGAGGGUCAACUGGGACCAUUGGAGUUCCAAAUGAUAAAGAAUUAUUAAUAUUAGAAUUAAACAAUAUCGAAAUUGAUAUUUCGAAAUACAAGAAAAAUGAAGAGCAUAUUUUAGUUUCCAAUAUCAAUGAGGGGGAAAAUACCCUAAUAGUUACCUACAAACAAUAA